UUGUGAUAUCUGAAAACCGCAGCUGCCAGCACGUGGGAGGUGCUGGAGGGCAGGCUCGCCUUACACACCCCUCUCUCUAGGUCACCUGGGAGCACCAGAGCAAUGUGGGAGUUUGCUGUGCCUGGGAAGUCUUUGGGGAGGGGUUGCAGUGAGCACACCCUGUUCCCUCCCCCUGGGCUGAGAGAAACGUGGGACCAGCCCUGCCCCAGUCUGUCCUCAUUGGUUGGCAUCAGGCAGAGGGGGCUUUAAAAAGGCAAACGUGUCCCAGGCUAGGGACCGGAGCCUGUGCUACUGCAAGGCAGGCUGCCCUCCUCCGGCUGGCACCAUGCAGCUCUCUCUCGCUGUGUAUCUCGUCUGCCUGCUGGUGCAUGCGGCCUUCCGGGUGGUGGAGGGCCAGGGCUGGCGGGCCUUCAAAAACGAUGCCACAGAGAUCAUCCCUGAGCUUGGCGAGUACCCCGAGCCCCCACCAGAGCUGGAGAACAACAAGACCAUGAACCGGGCGGAGAACGGAGGGAGGCCCCCUCACCAUCCCUUUGAGACCAAAGACGCGUCCGAGUACAGCUGCCGCGAGCUGCAUUUCACCCGCUUCGUGACGGACGGACCCUGCCGCAGCGCCAAGCCGGUCACCGAGCUGGUGUGCUCCGGCCAGUGCGGCCCCGCGCGCCUGCUGCCCAACGCCAUCGGCCGCGGCAAGUGGUGGCGCCCGAGCGGGCCCGACUUCCGCUGCAUCCCCGACCGCUACCGUGCGCAACGGGUGCAGCUGCUGUGCCCGGGGGAUGCGGCGCCGCGCGCGCGCAAAGUGCGCCUGGUGGCCUCCUGCAAGUGCAAGCGCCUCACCCGCUUCCACAACCAGUCCGAGCUCAAGGACUUCGGGCCCGAGGCCGCGCGGCCGCAGAAGGGCCGAAAGCCGCGGCCCCGCGCCCGGGGCGCCAAAGCCAACCAGGCUGAGCUGGAGAACGCCUAUUAGAGGCCGCCCGCCGCGCCGCGCUCCCCGACCCGCGCCCUAAGUCGGGCGCGGGAGUUUCUGCCCUCUGCGCGCGGUCUGUUUGCGUCUCCUUGUAAAUGUCUGCAGCCCGGGGCAGGGGGCGGAGACCUUCCGGGCUCCGGCAGGAGGGAGCCCGGCCCUGCGGAUCUCGGGGAGGGGGGCCAGCAGAGCCUCCCCACCCCCACUCCCCAGCGUCCCAGGGGGGUCCCGCAGGGCAGGGACAGCGCUGAGAGUCACACACACUGAGCCACGCAGCCCCGCCCACCGGGGCCGCCCACCUUUGCUGGUUCCACUUCAGAGGACGGCAGAAGAGCAGGGUUUCUAUGGGAGCGGUGGGGAAUGAGAGUCCGGGGACUGGUUAAGAAAGUUCGCUAAGAUUCCUCCUCCACUCCUCUGCCCCUUCCUAAAGCCUUUAGUGCCUUGUUGUGCCAAGAACCCAGCACUGGGAUCCGUAGAUAGGAUUUCCAGUCUGGACUCCGCCACUAACUCGCCGGAUGACCUUGGACCGCACUCUUCCCUUUCUGUCCAGAGUCUGUCCUCAAUUUCCUCUUUGGAAAAUGAAGGUGGGCCUGGGAUUUGUAUCUCGAGGAAUCUACUGUCACAUGAUUCCAAGGCCUUGGGUGCCGUUUGAAUGGGCAAAGGAGAAAGAGGGGGGUUGGAUUGGAUUACUGCCGUGGUCAUGGUCAUGGCUGGAAUUCAGAACUGUAAUCCUCUGAUCUGACAGCCAAACAAGGGUGGUGGGGGGAGUCUUUUUUAGGGCUGACAAGCUCCUGGAAGAAGCUCGUUCUUUCCAGCCUGGGCUCCCCAGAUGUUUGCCUACCUCCAGCACUCCACCCCAAAGGAUGCAGAAAAGAUACCAGCAAUUGGGGUAGAGAAGGAGAAGGUCCCAAGACUGGGGAGGGCUGGGGGAGACCGGCCAGGAAUCAAUCCCCUAUUCCAUCCCCCACCAUGGCCAUGUUUUAAAGUCACCUUCUGCAGAGAAGCUUGAAGUCCCAGGACCCUGGGCUUGCCAGGCCCAAGGAACAGCCAGCCCCCCCAUUAAGACCAGCAGAUCCCUUUGGAGGUGUCUCCUCCCGCCUAGCACUCACAGACGUGAUUCUGUCUAGCAAGUAGCUUCUUACUACUGUUACCGGUGGUGGCGCAUCUUACAUUAAAAUAAUAUUACUUGGGGAAAAAUUACAAGUGCUGUACAUAUGCUGAAAAAACCCGCAAAGCCCGUUCGCUGUCAUCCAAAAAUCUUUCGGAAAGUCAUUUCCAGACACCUCUUACUUUCUGUGUAGUUUUUCAUUGUUUAAAAAAAAUUUUUUUUUUUUUUAAAAACAGAAGCACAGACCAUGUGAGAGCCUGCUGGGCUGGUUGCUUUUUGCAAUCCUUUCAUGUGGGAUUUGUCCACAAGAAUGAGAGUCGUGGUUCUUAAAGAGUUAAGUUACGUAUUUAUUUUCGCACUUAAGUUAUUUAUGCAAAAGUUUUUCUUGUAGAGAAAUGACCAUGUUAAUAUUGCUUUAUGAAAUACCAGUCUGUUCUCUCCGAAUCCAGAGGCAUUGUUAAUAAAGACAAUGAAUCAUUUCA